UGUGUGCCGAGACGUGGUUAUCCAAAACGCUCUGUACACAGGCGACCUGGAGGCUGUGCGGCGCCUCUUUCCUCGAGGAUCCACCGCCAGCCUCAUCAUCGAGCCGCAGGGCGGAGAGAUGCGCUGGGUCGCCCGGGGGGAGGGUAAGAGACGACAUCAGUCAUCAUUAGGAUUUCGUUUCGGAAUUUGGCACGUGGUAGGUGGUAGCCUCAUUUACGAGGAUUGUGUUUUCAAGAGACCCGCAUUCAUGGAGGGCAUGGCAUUGACUUCUUUGUUACAAUAGACUGCGAACGUAUGCAAAUCAUGAGCUGCAUGCCCACCUGCAACUCAACAGGAUGUGGUGUUCAAACACAGGAGUGCAUUAUUUUUAGAAGCGUAUCAUGAGAAAAUCACUCACUAAUAGUCCUAAAUGUAUUAUCAUACCCUAUAUCCCUGACAGUUUCCAGGUCAGGUCAAGAAUUGCCGUUUUAGAGUGGUUAUAUCCUUUGACUGGUAGGUGCUUACGUGCUAUACUGAAGAUUGGCUCGAAUCUGCUCUGGCAUGGUUCACUGGGUCAUAUCACAUGACGACCUGAAAUAGCCUCCGCGCAAACAACACACAUGACCAAGUUUAUCCUCCGGGACAAGUACUCGUCCUGAACUAGUUAGGCACAGCAAUGGCCUACGUAGCACCUAAGGUGAAAUGGCACAAGCCAAAGACGUUCCGCAACGACGUGAUCGCCACAGCCAAGGCCACAGGUUGCGUGUUGCAGUUUUGGAACUCUCUGCUCGUGGGCGACGAGCUGACGCUGGUCAGCAUAAUGGACGAUGACGAAUACGUCUACCUGAUCGACGCCACUUACGACACCAGCAACAUAGACGAGUGGACGAACUUCAGAUUUAACUACACAAGCUUGCGACUUUGGUCGCUGACGUACGAGCAGGAGCUGACAACGCCGCUUCACAUCACGGCCGGACGAGGCUUCACCGAGUGUCUGAAACUCCUGCUGCAACGCGGAGCCGGCGUCGACCUGGCGCCGGGCGGCAUCACCGCCUUGCACGGGUCCUGCGUGCACUGCGAGCCAGAGUGCGCCAAAAUGCUGCUGGUCCACGGUGCCAACGCCAAUGCGGUCUCGGAGGACGGCCGGAUGCCUUUGCACUUGUGCUCCAACCCGGAGUCCAUCGACUGUGCAAAGUAUCUCCUUCAGUAUGGCGCAGCCAUCAACGGACGCACCGUGGAUGAAGACGACACUCCCUUGCAUGUGGCAGCAAGGAACGGUCUCGUCGAUCACGUCGAGCUCUACCUGCGCUACGGAGCCGCCGUGGACAAAAAGAACGACGAAGGCCUCACGCCCCUGAACGCCGCCUGCGCCCAGCCGCAAGAACUGCAGGACCUCCGGCGCUACUUCGACCUGUGCCGGACGCUGAUGAAGGCGGGGGCCGACAUCCACACCACGGACCAGGACAAACACACGCCGCUGCACAUGGCGUGUAAGAAUGUCAACGCAGACUUGGUGGAGCUGCUGUUGGCCAACGGGUCCAGCGUUAACGACAUGGACUACGGCGGCGAAGCGCCCAUGCAUAACAUCCUGAAGGUGGUGUGCUACAAGCUGGCCCACGGUCCCGAGAGGAUCGUCCGUGCCCUGCUCAACCACGGCUCCAUCCGGGUGUGGCCUGGAGCGCUGCCCAAGGUUCUGAGGCACUGCUCUCAAUCUCCACGCACCAUCGAAGUCCUGCUCAACGCCUACAGUCACCUCAAAGUCACCGACACCUGGGUCGAGUCUGUACCCCCCGAGGUCUUUCAGGAGCACAAGGAGUUCUACGAGUCUGUCUUCUCCCUGGCGCGGACUCCUCGUUCCCUGCAACACUUGUCACGCUGUAAAUUGAGGGUUUUCCUGGAAGGUCGACUCAACAAGGUGGUCCCGGGACUACAGCUGCCCACCUUUAUCAAGAACUACUUGCUCCUGGAUUACAGAGGUUAUGUCCACUAAGCACCUUGAAGCACUGAGAGUCCUGACGAAGAGUUUGCUGCUGCUAGAAAUCAAUAUUGCUGCUUUGUUGGCCUUGACUUCAAGCUUUUAGCACAUUACAUUUUGUACCACCAGAGGGCACUAGAGACUCGAUGUGAUGAAGUAUUGCCAGCGCACUGCCAUGUUUCCAUUUUAAUCUCACUCCUAUAAUAAUGACGUUUUACCUAAGUACUUGAUAGUAAACUGACUUUCUAGUUUGUUUGUUUUUUACCUGUAAAUUUUCUCAUUUUGAUGUAAUUGUCCACUGUGUGGCGUCUCAAUUUGCCAAAUUCCCAGACUAUAACUGUAAGCGUUCAUAUCUUGAAUAAACUUAAAAAUGGGGACAAAUGCA